AUGCUGCUGCCCAUCGAGUCCUACCGGCAACCAUGGGAAAGCGACGAAAACUGGGAGCUUCGGCGAGAGUUUAUCACGGCCAACGACGACAAGGUCGAGGAGGUUGCGUUGAUCAGCCUGUCGCAGGUGUUCGUCAACAUGCUCCUAAAAGGUUGCAGUUACAACUCAGAAGUGUGGUCCCAGGUUGACGAAUUGACCAAGAACGUCGAGAGGCUCCCGGAGCUGCUCGCCAAGCGCCAGAAGACCAGGAAUAUCUUGUUUAAGAAGGAACCGAAGCCGAGCCUCGCGAGCAAGAAGCCGCGCUAUCCGCCGCUUGUACUGCGGUGA